GAAUUUUGAACUUAGUAAAACAACUGCAAAUUUUUUGCGGGAUUUUGGGAAACUUGUUAAAAUAAACUAGAAUUUUUUUAAUAAAUACUAUUUUAAUAUAUCUCCGAAACAUCUUUGAACAAAUGCUAUUACGAAAUGGCUUUUUCGUUGGCUACGGUAAGAAACAUUUAAACCACCUGUUAAUUCGGUGAGUUCUCGCUGAUAGCGUUGCGAUCGCGAGAUCGUACAAAAUGGCGGUGGAAGUCAGAUCGUUGAACGACUCGAGACAAUGCGGAGGUGUAUAGCCGUCCUUUAGCCAUGUUCUAUCGUCGCGUUCGCGGCAGUGUUGUGCGAUAAUGAGGUUCGCGAAUGCAAGACUCGAUUCGUCGUUUGACAGGAGACGGUGAGGCAAAGGAAUUGGCAUGUGUUCUCUCGCUAGAACAUUGUAUGCUCGUGCAGCGAUCGCGUGAAGAAAUUACAGUGGGUUUUCGUACGCGUCGGAGUCUGUGACACCCGCUGGCCCAAUGGAGCCGCGUAUUCUCGCUGUCCUGUUGGCUUUGUUGACAUUCGUCGUACUGGCUAGUGCAGGUGGUUUGUUCUUCACUAUCGAGCCGCGCGAUGUAGUCGUCGAGCAAGGAGGUCCAGCGAGAUUGGAUUGCGAAGCAAAAAGUAGUUUUGGGGAACCAAUUAUACAGUGGCGAACCGACGAUGGUCAACCAAUUAAUUUUAUUGGGGACAGUUAUCGAUCUCAGCUAGCAAAUGGAACCUUAUAUAUUAAUAGUGUUUACAGUAGUAGUCCAGAAUUGACUGGAAGCUAUCAGUGUUUAGCUUCCAUAGAUAAAGUUGGGGCAAUUGUUUCUCGACCAGCUACAAUUAAACUUGCAAGUUUACCAGGAUUCGAAAAGGAACCUCAAGACACAAUGGUUUAUCCAGGGCAAAUUGCAUAUUUAAGUUGCAUGCUCCCUUCAUCCUCUAGCUCGUUAAGUAUACAGUGGUUAAAAGACGAACAUCCACUAGUGCUCGAUGGUAGCCGAAUGACAGUUUUACCAUCAGGUGCAUUGGAGAUUGAUGACGUUAACAUACAAGAUAUUGGAUCGUACAGAUGUAACGCUAGUAGUUAUGGACAAUAUAGACUCAGUAAUAAAGCACAAUUAGGAUUAUUGACAAGCGAUAUUGAUCAAGAAAGCACACCACCAGUCUUCAUUGCUAAACCGUUGCAACAAGAAGUUAUCGAAGGAUCCACGGUAACCCUCGAGUGUGCUGCUAAUGGUUAUCCAAAGCCAAGUAUACUUUGGUUGAAAGAUGGUGUUGCGAUUGAUUUUGCAUCUCUCGAUUCUAGGUACCGUCAAGUUGCUGCAUCCAGUCUUGUAAUUAGUAAUGUACGAGAAAUAGAUGACGGUUCAUAUCAAUGUCGUGCGGAAAACGAAGUCGAAACAUUGGAUGCAGCCGCUGAUUUAAUUGUACAAGUCCCACCAAGAUUUAUAAAAAUGCCAGAAGAUAAGGUAGCUAGCGAGCAUCAAGAUUUAGAAUUUGAAUGCGAAAUCUAUGGGAAGCCAGAGCCAAAAAUUACCUGGCUCAAAAAUGGAGAGCGAAUCACUUUCAGUGAAUACUGGCAAAUCAUAAAUGGUAGUUACCUUAGAAUUAACGGCCUACUAGCUAUAGAUGCUGGAAUUUUUCAAUGUAUCGGAACAAAUUCUGCCGGAAGUAUACAAGCUGCAGCACGUCUAACAAUUAAUCAACCUAGAAAGGCAAAUUCCCAUAGGACAACUACUCCAAAGACAGCUCCCAAAAAAAAAUUACUGUUGCAUCGUCAAUUGUACAAUAAAACGUGGCAACAUCCGAGCACUCUUUUGGGCCACACGCUAUCUGCGUUCACACCCAAUCCACCGCUUUCCAUUAGUCCCUCCGACGAUCCCGCGGAUCUUCCUGGGUCUUCCUUUUACGACCCGAAAUCCCCUUUUGUAGGCGACACAUACAGCCUGGAGUCGAAAGAAGGAAGCGUCCCGUCAGCUCCAAGGAGUCUAAGCCUCGUCAUUGUCACCGCUAGAUUUGUAACUUUACGGUGGCAAGAACCAGAAAGCACAAACGGAGAUAUUCUAAAUUACUAUAUUUAUUACAAACAAGAAGGUGGUCAAAGAGAAAGAAUACAUUCGCAACUAAAAUUAGAAGCAAUGAUAUCGGGGUUACAACCCAGCACGACGUAUCAAUUUCGAGUGGUUGCUUUAAAUGCGAGAGGUCCUGGAAUGUCGAGCGAUGUAUUACAAGUCACUACACUUACAGAGGCCAAUGUUCCCGGACCUCCACUGAACUUGGAAGGCUAUGCGACAAGCAGCGUGAGCAUUGCUUUAUCUUGGGAGAAGCCACAAGUUGUUAAUGGCAGAAUUUCUAAAUUCAUAAUCACAUUUGUAGAGGGUGACAAUGAGGAAGUAACGCGUGAAACCAUUAGUACCAUGCACGAAUUGGUAGAUCUCGUGCCUUAUACAGAAUACAGUAUUAGAGUUCAAGCUGUAAACGAGAACGGCCCUGGCGCGUUUAGUAGAGAUAUUAUAGUGCGGACUUACAGUGCACAGCCUACUCAACCACCACACAAUGUUACAGUAGAACCAGCUAGUCCUACAAGUAUUAUAAUAAGGUGGGAACCACCACUCGAAGGUCAAAAUGGAAUUAUCACUGGUUAUAAAAUCCGUUAUCGUCGACAAGAUCGAAGUUCACAGCCGGUCACUAUAACGACUGAAGGAAAUCAACGAUCAAGAGUGCUAACAGGACUUGAGAGACAUGUUGGCUACCAAGUUCGUAUAUGUGCCUUAAAUGUGAACGGAACGGGACCUUGGACAGAAUGGAUACAGAUCGAGACGUAUGAAACUGAGUCGGAUGAAAAAAGAGUACCAAAUACACCCAGCAAUUUAAGAACAAAAGUGAUGUCAGAUUACAUACAAGUGUAUUGGAACCCACCAAAGGAUCAAAGUAUUAAAGUAAAAGGAUAUAAACUUGGUUGGGGAAAAGGUGUCCCUGAUGUUGAAAUACAACUUAUUGAUGGGAAAGAACGUUCUUUCACUAUAGAGCAAUUAGAACCAAUGACAGAGUACGUUAUAUCAUUAAGAGCAACGAAUGAUGCCGGUGACGGUCAACCUGCAUAUGCAAAUGUCAGAACAACCGAACGUUCUGUGUCUGAAUCUUCUGUGCCUUUGAUACCACCGGUUGGUCUUAAAGCUGCCGUUCUCUCGGAUACUACAGUAGUACUAUAUUGGACUGACACAACAUUAUCAAAAUCUCAAGUCGUAACGGAUGAUAGAUAUUACGUGGUGCGUUACACGCAUCAUCAUAGCAGCAGCCCACGCUAUAAAUAUCAUAAUGCCACUGAUCUUAAUUGCAUGAUACAUGAUUUGAAACCGAACACGCUGUAUGAAUUUGCAGUAAAACUUGUUAAGGGGAAGCGAGAAUCGCCAUGGAGUAUGGUUGUUUCGAAUCAGACUCAAGAAGCUGCACCGAGUUCUGCGCCAAGGGAUUUGAUAAUACAAAGUAUCGAAGACCGUCCAGUAUCCGUUUUACUACGAUGGCAACCCCCUAAACAACCUAAUGGACCAAUUACAGGAUAUAUUAUUUUUUAUUCUACCGAUAAUACAAAGUGGGAUCGCGACUGGUUAAUCGAAGCUGUUAUCGGCGAUAAAACUGAAUUCAUUGUGAAGAGCCUUAAACCGAGUACAACUUAUUACUUCAAGAUACAAGCACGCAAUUCGAAAGGAUAUGGCCCAUUUUCUACAACUGUGCCAUUCAAGACACCUCAAAGCAAUGGCAUGGAUGUCUAUGAUGAAUUACAUGAUCGAGAUGGACGAGGACUCUCGAAUAUACUAAUUUAUAUUAUUGUGGGCUGCUCUAUUGUUCUCAUUACUGGUGUAGCAGUUGUAGUGGUAGUGAUGUGCUGUAAGCGAAAUCCGGACACGCCUGAUCGAAAAAAGAGUUACAUGAAAGAUGUGAAUCAAAAGACAAACAUCAAGCCACCAGAUUUGUGGAUUCAUCAUGAUCAGAUGGAGCUUAAAGCUCUUGAGAAGUCUUCGAUAAACGGAGAGGCGUCUACUAGUGGCGUGGCUAGUAACACGCUUCCUAGACCAAGUAAUCAGGAUUAUAAUCAAGAGAAUGUCCACGGAAACUCUAGUUCAUUGGAUAAGCGUACUUACGUACCAAGUUAUAUGGGUAACACUGACGAGAAGUGCUCAACCCUGAGCAGGCAGCAUAGUCGAGGAAGCCACAAACCUAAACUCAUUACACUUCCUGUUGACAGUGCGUCUUUACAUCAACCAAUAGCAACGGCAACACCGAUCGUGAAUACAAGUAUGUCGCAGCCAACGAUACAUACUUCCUGCAGUGACACGCCAUCCGUGAGACAAAAUUAUCCACGAACAGUGGCACAGUAUAGCUUAAGUCGAGCUCACAUUACGUUGGAGCCAACACCCGAAUCAAGUCCAGAUUCUUGUAACAUCUCGAGUUCUUACGAGCCGUUGCAGAGCCAACAAUUAUCGUACGGCACCAGCGGCCAGCCGUAUACCGGGAGUACUCAAUACGCUCCGGGUCAUUAUGGUAACAGUAAUCAACCAGCGAGUGCUAGCGGAGGAACAGACGGUAGUGGCAGCAGUAAAAGGUUGCAGGGUCAUCCUUUGAAAAGUUUUAGCGUGCCAGCACCUCCACCUCAAUCUGCGCCUUCGACACCGGCUCAACAAAAACAUGGUGUUUCUCAAGUUACCGUAAGACCCACGAUGUCUGGCAGCCCGUAUAAGAAGCCACAAAGUUCUACGCAAUUAGCAAAGAAUCGAUUAGCUUCGGUUUCGAAUCCGGUACACACAUCGGAAGAAGUUGAACGGUUAAAGCCUUCUUACAGUACUGAAGAACUGAAUCAAGAGAUGGCUAAUUUAGAGGGUCUCAUGAAAGAUUUAAAUGCCAUAACAGCGUCUGAGUUUGAGUGUUAGAAGGGGUUCCUAAACCUUGUGCCAUCUCAAUUCGAUAGACUGCAAUGAUACAUUCUCAAUGUUAGUAUCUGAGAGACAGGUAUGACGAUGACAUUACACGAUGAAACUCUUCGCGAAGAUCAUGUUUAGGCGUACGGAAAUACAAUGCAAUUGGCAAUGGAUAUUCGAGGAGCCGAUGAACGGCGUUAAAAUCGAACAUCCUAAACAGUUUGCCUCAAAAUUAUCAUCCCAGUGUCAUUGGACUAGAUCGAGUGUUUCCUAGUCAAUUUGCUUUUUCCUCCGGUACUAACGUUGCCUUUUUUUUUACGACGAAACACAAAGUAUACUUGCCAAUGUAAUUUGAUACUGCCACAUUUUUAUAGUAACCUUGCAUUCUGCAAGUUCGUGGUGGUCAUACGUCUGGAAAGUGUUAAAAUACGCAUGAAUUGGACGUUCUAUUACGAGCGUUUGAUAGUGUAUUCUUAAGUGCGAUUGCACACAGCGUGUGCAAAGUCGAUCAAACCGAAAGGAUACCAAUAAGUUGGAAUCUUAUCUAGGAUCCAUUUUGGCAAAUUAGAAUAUGUUUUAAAUUAACGAUUUCAUGGAUUCGUAACGAAGAGAAACGGUUUUAACGUUUCUCAAGUCUUAAAAAUUAUUGGUAACCAUAAUGAUUGCCUUUUGUAUGCUUCGGUGAAAAUGAAGAUCUUGCCCAAACGAUUCGUACUAUAUCCAAAAACUCACGUGUUCUGCCAUGAUUAUAUAAUCUAUACUCGUAAGAGUACAUUUUCUAUAUCGAUACUAUCAACUGCCAUACUUACGCUAGGGAUGGCGAGAUUACGUGAGUCUCUUAAUCGAACAAUUUAUGGUUCAGUGUGUAACGUGGGAAGUAGAAAUAUUCUUUCUAUUUUUUUAUCUGUCAUAAUUUUUUUUUUUAUAACAAUUUUGAUAACAGGCUUUGUACAGUUCAGUACUUUCAAGCUAGUUAAUUAGUAUUAAUCAAUUUAAAAGGCAACAGAUCGUUAAGGAGUUUUAUCCACUACAACCGGACAUUUGUAAAUUGUACCGAACGAGUUGCCUGUGAUUCUAUGAAUUUUAUUUAUCAGGCUGAAAUUCGCCACGUUGUCAAGACCUUAAUAUUUUUUGAACGCUGUGUAACGGCCUUAAAAUGUAUGUAUUAAAUUGCCCUAUACUCAGUGGCUUCGGCAGCUUGCUAAGGAAUUCCGUUGAUUUACGGGAAAAUAUACGUCUAUACUCUUAAACCAACAAUGUAGUAUUACGAUCUCAUCAAGAAACAUUAUUUUAAAAUUGAACGUGAACAUCGAGUGUGGAUAUUACGAUAAGCUGUACAGCAUUACGAAAGAAACCGCGAUUCGAUCUUUGCAAAAAGGACGAUAGUAAUUUUCUCGUCGAGUAAUAAUAUGUAUUUACUGUUUCGAUAGUUAAUUUAUCUUAACAAUUACGUUUUAAACGCCCGGUUAAGCCUACGUACGUAGCGGUCUAAUUAUUAGAAUAAAUUCAAUUCAAGAGUCAUUUUUUAUACGAAAUAUUUUUUAACUGAUAUUUACAAAUUGUUACUUGUAAGGUAUAUACGUUGUUUCGUUUAAAGACACUCGCAAACGACUGGACGUAUUGUGCAAAGAGCAAUGGAUCGAAUUUUUCUAUCACUCGAUAUCAGAUUGAUACGCGUAUUUACAGUGAAAUUAAGUAACAAUUUUUUACCAUAUCCGUCGAGAUAUAAAUAUACAUCCUUCCACUGCUAGGAAUUUGCUACGUAUAAAUUUUGUAUACGUUUUACUGCGAUAACGGUCUCUUUAGUAUUAAUGAAAGGGAGACUCCGAAAUGCAGGAUAAUUAAACAAUUAAUGCGUAAUAUAACGAGAAACGCGAUCGAGAGCAACGGCGCUUGUAGUAUUCCGUACUAUACCACCUUUUUAAGCACUUUCGUAUUUUCCUAACGUUGAAUAUAUUGUACAAAAGUUCUAUUAAAGGACAACGAACCAACGACAGUUUCCGUUGUGGCAAAAAAUCUAACACGGAUACAGUACAAAGCAAUAUGUGAUACUCGUACAGGAAUUGUCCACUCAACGUCUAGAGUAUCGCAUAUUACUCGAAUAUUUUCUGCUACACGGGAAAUACCACCCAUUUGGAGCAACACGAAAGCGAACAAGUUCUUUUGUCGUCGGCUUAGCUCACUUAAGGUAACGCGAGUAGUAUUAAAUCAUUCGUACACGUAUAUUCAACUAUAACGAGAAUAACGUUCAUUCUUCGAUCACAUUUUGUUUAAAUACAUGGAUUUAUAAGCAAAGCGGCUAUAUGCUUAACGACGAUACGAAAAUAUUCUAAGUAGUUUCGAAUAUUUUUUACUUGCUUCAAAGUCUGAAGUAUUUUAUAAACUUUUAUGAUUGGCACUAACGAAAAUACGGGAGUAUGCGUGAGCUAUACCGAUAAAGGAAAGAACAGCUUGUACAUUAAGUAUAAAUAUACAUAUGUAAUAUAUCCAUCAGAUUUGUAACUAUCGUGCUGUUCAAAGGGUGAUUAGCUCUUUGUAAUUAAAAGAAACGGGCCUACGAGACGGUCUCGCGGAAAUAUUUUACCACAAAAGUAUAGUAGGAUAGUUAUAUAUAAAUAGUAUAUAUAGUAUAUAUUUAUGUAUAUCAUUAUUAUUUAUUGAUUUUUAUGUACGCACGGAAUAUUAAGGAUAAACGAAUGUUAACGAGAUGUA